AUGGUUUUAAAGAAAAAUUUGGAAAAAUCAGUAAAAGACUUGGAAACGAAAAUUAAGGAGUUAGAGCAAAGCAACGAAGAGUUACGUUCACAAUUCAAAUAUUUAGAAGAAAAGAUUAGAGUACGAGAAGAA